AUGUGGGCGCCGCGCUGGCAGAAACACCCGGGCUGCGCAACUGUGAAUCAAUCUCUGGGCUUAAAUCCCCCUGGAGAGGAAUUGCAGCUCCGGCCAAAGCAGGCGGGGGAGCUAAAGCUGCUCACUGUGCGCCUCUCCCGAUCUAUCCAGGCCCUGUACUCGCAGCUGGGCCAGCCGAAGGAUUACGCCCUGCCCAAUGCCAGCUGGAGCCAGGACAUGCUGGACUUGUACAACAGGUUCCUGGAGAUGACCAAGGACGGGCUGUGGAAGAGGAUUCCCUCCUACAACAACAUCCUCGAUCAUAUCCCAGAAUCGAUGAAGUUGGUGCAAGAGAAGAAGGAGGGCACACGCCUCUUCCUUCGCAGCAUUGACGCCGAAGGCGUGGGCUUCGAGUAUGUGAUGUUCCUGAACGCCUUGGAGAAAAGGGUCGUGUGUCUGUUCCAGCCCGGCUCCUACCUGGAGGGGCAUCCCGGCUUUGCCCACGGUGGCUCCAUCGCCACCAUCAUCGACAGCACGAUAGGGAGCUGCGCCAUCUUCGUGGCGGGGAGGGUGAUGACGGCCAACCUCAGCAUCAACUACGUAAACCCCGUCCCGCUGGGCUCCGUGGUGCUCGUGGACAGCAAGGUGGACAAAGUGGAGGGCCGGAAAGUCUUUCUGUCCUGUAAAGUGCAGAGCGUUGACGGUGGCACCCUCCACGCGGAGGCGACGGCUCUCUUUAUCCAGCUGGAUGCCACCACGUCCCAAAAGCAGCAGGCUAGCUGCCAGUAGGCCCCAUGAGGCUGGGGGCAGCUCCGGCUCUCCGGGCCCCCGAAUGCCGUUGGUCGCAGCCGCCCAGAUCCGCCCCGCUCCGUCGCAGCGCUCCCAUGUCUCCGGGCGAAGGCAUGCACCCUCCCUGCCACCCCAAAGAUGCUUCCCGCAGCGCUUCUCCCUUGCUCCUGCCCAGGUCCGGUUCCCCACGCGACACCUCGUCCCUGCCACUGGGACCAGCAUCAUCCCAGUGCAUUCGAGGCAGCUUCGGAGCAGCCAGAAAAACCCAUAUUGGAUAGAAACUGGAGGGAGAUGCCUGUCGGCACCUCAGCCUUGUGCCUCAGUUUCCCUGAAGCAACCAGUGGUGCCUGGCCCAGGGGGGACAUUUGCAGAGUACUAAACGACUUGUUUUAGGCAGAGCUGGGGGUUGUGGAGCGAACACCAGCACCUAAAUUGACAAGGAAUAUACUUAAUAUUUAUUGAUGUUUUCAGUAGGAAUUAGCCAUGUUUCUGACAGCACUGGUGGGAUGAAAGGGGCUGUGGCUGUUUGCCAAAAGGCCAGGAGGUCCCAUUUUUCCGAGAGGAGGGAGACACCCAAAAUUGCUUCAGCCCCGCAGGAGUGGCGAGGGCCAGCACCUACCCACGUUCGCUGCCGUGCCGUGGCGGGGAGGUGCGGCCCCCUCCGGCAUCUCCGCGCCGGGCCCCGGGCUCGUCUGUUGGGAGCGCGAAGUAGCGUGGAAAUAAAGCAUCUCGGGGACGCGA